CUUUGAUAAAAUAAAAAAAUAAAACAAAACAGGUUCUUGGUGCUUUGUUUGCACACAAGUGUCUAGGGAACCCACCCUGUAGUUUACUCAAAAAUGGCUCAAAUGCAAUUGCUUAGAAUGAUUGUGAAAGAGCGGCUUGCAGCGGCAGCUGAUGAGAUAUUCGGUGUGGUUGAAAAAACAAUAGCAGAAUACCAACACGAAGUUGCCUGUUCAAGAAGAGAUUAUGAUAACCUACGGCGAAUGCUGGAAAGCAGUCGCGACUCCAUUAACUAUUUUCAUAGAUCUGAUCCCCAGCCGCGCACAGUUCCUGCUAUCUCUGAGAAGGUACACCCUGAGCAGCAUCGAGAUGACAAGAGCCCCGUACCUCAAGACCUAAACAAGGAGCUCCAAGAUCUCGUAGUGAUUAAACAGGAAGAGGAAGAAGUGUCACUCUGGAGCUGCCAGAGAGAAGCUCAGCUUCAAAGACAGCAGGAUGUCAAUGCAGAAAGUGGCCAUGAUGAAGACCAAGCUCAUUCUUCACAUGUUAAUGUGGGAGGUGAAGAACACAGAUACAAACUAUCUCAGCCCAGUAGCUGCACAGCUGAGCAGAUGAAACCAAACUUUGGAGAGGCACCCCAGGAAAACGAAUCGACCCGUGAGACGCUCUUUGUAAUAAGUCCUGCCUUUUCUGCAGUUCAGAGUCAAAAAGUUGAAAGUGUUGAUGAGAAGAAGCCAUAUAUUUGUACUGUUUGUGGUAAAUGUUUUAGCCACACAGCUAACAUGAGAAACCACAUGCGGGUUCAUACUGGUGAGAAACCUUAUAGCUGCAAAGAAUGUGGCAAAAGAUUUAUCGAGGCGGGAAAUCGGAAUACUCAUAUGAGGAUUCAUACAGGGGAGAAACCAUUUCCAUGUAUUGUAUGCGGGAAGUGGUUUCGUCAUAGGUCUGGCGUGAACAUGCAUAUGAAGAUUCACACUGGUGAUAAAGUAUAUGCUUGUAAAGUAUGUGGCAAAACUUUUACAGAGUCUGGAAAUCUGACAACUCACAUGAGGAUCCACACACAGGAGAACCCGUAUCCAUGUACUAUAUGUGGGAGGACCUUUCGACAUAAGUCUAGUAUGAAAAUACACAUGAACACUCACAUGAAAGAUGUCGUUAGUGGCCACUUAGACACCAAAGUUGACACCAGAUAAAGUGCAUCUGUUGCAUACAUACAUACAUUGAGUAGAGCAUUUGUCAUAGUGAUAGUGGGAACAUGAAUGACAACUGCCUAUGAAAGAAGUAUAUUUCUGUUAAAAUAGUUUUAAAAUUAUAAUUGUAUUUAUUUUUGGUUGGUGCUGAUUUCACAUUUGAAGAUUGACACAAAAGAAUUCAAAAAACUCCUUGAUGUUUCUUUGCCAGAAGGUCUAUGAAAAGCUUCUUUUGAGUAGUAGAAGUCCACAUGUUUUCCAUCCUUUUUGUGGCAGUGAGAGAAACCAUUUACAAAUGUUGCUAUGGGAAACUACAUUUUGCCAUUUAUUUGACAUUGGAUGUAGGCCUCAAUACCACCAGAAUUCUCUACCCAAUUAUUUCCUUUUGCUCACAUGCCCCUGGUAUUAAUGAUCCAAGCAAUUUGCUAAAAGCAAAGUUAUUAUUCAUGUAUAUAAGCAGAAUUUAAUAAACCAGAUGUAUAUGGUUCAACAGAAUUCUAUUUUCUCGUUUGUUUUGUUUUAAACAGUCUAUUGCUUUAAGAUAUUUUUUGACUAGUCAGUUGUUCCCUUCUAUAAAACACUGAGCAUGCUUGCUGGUCCGUAUAUACUGUGCAGCAUGUAUACAUCAGAGAUGACUAAAGUACAUACAAAACGUUUUUCCUUCACUCAAGUAGAAGUACAGAUACUCAUGUU